GUACUGUAACUCAACCUUGACUAUUCUCCGAUUUCCAACUUUCUUGCUUGAUAUUUUAAUCUUGAACUUUCAAAUCUAUAAGUUUCUUGCUUGAUAUUUUAAUCUUGAACUUUCAAAUCUACAAGUAUCAUCUCACUAUUUUUUCUAUAAGUACAUGUACAUUCUUCAAUUAGCCAAAAUCAGGCCAAACUUUUCCAAUUUAUUACUCUUUGAAACAAACCAUUAAGUACCAUUUUGUUUUCCUUUCAAAAAUAUGGGUUCCAUUAGAGAUAGUCAUGAACUUGACAAGCCUCAUGCAGUUUGCAUACCAUAUCCUGCCCAAGGUCACAUUAACCCAAUGUUAAAGUUAGCCAAAAUCCUCAAUCACAAAGGCUUUCACAUCACUUUUGUCAACACUGAAUAUAAUCAUAGGCGUCUCCUUAAGUCUCGCGGCCCUGAUUCCCUCAAAGGAUUACCAUCUUUUCGAUUUGAGACCAUUCCUGAUGGCCUGCCACCUUAUGAUGCCGAUUCAACUCAAGAUAUUCCUUCUCUGUGUGAAUCCACCACCAAGACUUGUUUUGGUCCUUUCAAGGAAUUGCUCGCGAAGCUCAAUGGCACUUUUUACCUGCCACCUGUCUCAUGCAUUGUUUCCGAUGGUUGUAUGAGUUUUACUCUAGCUGCGGCUCAAGAUUUGGGAAUCCCUGAAGUUUUUUUUUGGACCCCAAGUGCUUGUGGUUUCUUAGGUUACAUGCACUAUCGUAACCUUUCUGAAAAAGGAUACUUUCCACUUAAAGAUGCAAGUGACAUGACAAACGGGUAUUUGGAGACGACUUUGGAUUGGAUACCGGGAAUGAAAGGUAUACGUUUGAGGGAUUUACCAAGUUUCUUGAGAAGUACAAAUCCAGAUGAUAUUAUGUUCAACUUCUUUAUCCAAGAAACACAUAGAAGUAAAUUUGUUUCUGCUAUUGUAAUCAAUACAUUUGAUCCGUUAGAGAAGGAAGUUCUUGAAUCACUUCAGGGCCUUCUUCCUCCAAUCUACACGAUUGGUCCCCUACAUUUUCUUGUAAAACACAUCGAGGACAAGAAUUUGGAGUGCUUGGGGUCCAAUCUUUGGAAAGAAGAUUCAAAGUGUCUAGAAUGGCUUGAUUCCAAGAAAUCAAAUUCUGUUGUUUAUGUCAAUUUUGGAAGUAUUACUGUCAUGACUCCGAACCAACUUAUCGAAUUCGCAUGGGGACUUGCCAAUAGCCAGAUGGAAUUUUUGUGGAUCAUAAGGCCGGAUAUUGUAUCAGGGAAACAAGCAAUUCUUCCAACUGAAUUCGUGGAAGAAACUAAAGAAAGAGGGAUGUUGACAAGUUGGUGCCCGCAAGAACAAGUCCUUAGCCAUCCUGCUAUUGGAGGGUUCUUGACUCACAGCGGAUGGAAUUCAACCCUUGAAAGUAUUGGUUAUGGGGUGCCAAUGAUCUGCUGGCCAUUUUUCGCGGAACAACAGACGAACUGUUGGUUCAAAGGCACCCAAUGGGGUAUCGGAAUGGAAAUUGACAAAAAUGUGAAAAGGGACGAAGUUGAAAGUCUUGUGAGAGAGUUGAUGGUCGGCGAGAAAGGCAAAGGGAUGAAGAAAAAGGCAAUGGAGUGGAAGAAAUUAGCUGAGGAAGCUGCUAAAAAACCAAUGGGAUCAUCUUAUGUGAAUAUUGACAAAUUGAUCAAUGAAAUUCUCCUCAAACAUUAAGUGGUUAGUGCUUCAUAUUUCAAUUUCCUGUUUUGAGUUCUUGGGAGAUCCUUUAAUUCUUAUUGCUUUUAUGUUUCAACUAAGACAGAGGACCCAUGUGGAAAGAUGUCAAAUUACAUUUGAGACCCGAGAAGAUGCCUAUAUAUAGAAGAGGGAAAUACUCAAUUAGGUCUUAUGCUAUGAAGUUACCUCUUUAUUUUCUUAGUUGCUUAGAGUAAUUCUCGAACCUCGCUCCCUUCUUCCUUUUCUAGUUGCUCUUCCCUUUGGAAGAUUUGGUUACUUGUUUGGAAUAAUUAUACUAAUGUGAAGAUGAACUCUUAUCCUAAUCCUAAUGUAUGCGAUUACAAUUCUCCCUA